AUGGGCGGUGGAAACGAAACCCCAUGCGAUCACAGCUUGAAAAUGGCGGAAAAUGCUCCUGGCCGGAAUGUUCACUUGCGUGCUGUAGUGGACUUGGGAAGCAAUGGCAUACGAUGUUCAAUCUCGGAUCUUGCGAGCCCAACCACUCGGGUGAUUCCCACCGUUCAUUUCCAUCGUGUCAAUAUCUCUUUGUAUGAGGCGCAGAUCGACUCCGACACGGGCCACCGGAUCCCAAUUCCCCAAGCCGUCAUCGACCGAGUCGUGAGUGCAAUUGUUCGUUUUCAGAUCAUUUGUGUGGAAAUCGGUGUUCUGCCCGCCAAUAUCCGCCUCAUCGCUACGGAAGCAACUCGAACCGCUAUCAAUUCGGCAGCGUUUACCGAUGCAAUACGCAAAACGACCGGCAUUACUGUGGAGAUGCUCCCAAAGGAGGAAGAAGGAAUUGUUGGGGCAUGGGGUAUUGCGAGCAGCUUCUCUGACGUGGAAGGCCUCGCCUUGGACCUGGGAGGAGGUAGCAUGCAAAUGACAUGGAUCAUUUCCCACGCGGGUAAUGUCCGUAUCAGUCCCCGAGGCUCAGUUAGUUUUCCCUAUGGAGCGGCGGCGUUGACACAGAAAUUGGCGGAUUUGAAACGGGGCAAAAGCAAAAGUGAAGCAGAAAAGGCCAAGAACGAUUUUCGCGAUGAGAUGGCUGGCAAUUUUCGGGCAGCAUUUGACCGUCUCGAGAUCCCUGAGAGUAUGAUUGAAAAGGCCCGGUCGCAGGGGGGAUUCCCGCUUUAUCUGUCCGGUGGAGGCUUCCGUGGAUGGGGCUAUCUGCUCCUGUGUCUCCAUCAAACUCGGGGUCAAAGUUAUCCCAUCUCCAUCAUUAAUGGAUAUUCAGCACUCAAGGCGGAUUUCGAAAACACCAAGGCCCUGGAGGAGGUGGCCCGCACCGCACACGAGAUCUUCCGAGUAUCUGAUCGACGGCGAAAACAGGUUCCAUCGGUCGCGUUCCUUGUAAAUGUCCUGGCCGAAUCAUUGCCGCAUGGGAUCAAGGAAGCACACUUUUGUCAAGGUGGUGUGCGGGAAGGCGUCCUUUUCCGAGAAAUGCUCCCCGUAGUCCGUCAACAGGAUCCCCUAGAAGUCGCGACGGCACGUUACGCAACCCCAUCGGCUCAUUCAAUUGCUGCCUUGAUGCUCGCUGCCCUUCCGCGGCCGACAAACGACCACUCGGUACCAUCUUCCAUUACCUUACAUCUGAUUCAAGCUUUUGCCAACGCUCUCUAUGUGCAUGCAACCAUGCCUAAGGAGUUAUCAUCUAGCGCGGCUCUAUAUAGUACCAGCACUGGAAUUCUUGCAUCAACCCAUGGGAUUCCCCACUCACAUCGAGCGCUUCUAGCCUUGAUGCUUCAAGAACGCUACGGCGGAGAAUUACCGCCCCGCGAUGUGGAGUUAAAAUCUCAUCUGCAAGGGAUCCUCACACCAGAAGAGGUCUGGUGGACACGGUAUAUCGGUAAAUUGGGACUUGUUCUCAAUCAACUGUAUCCCACCGGAUCCAUCGACUCUUCCAAACCGCGGAUUGUUCCCUCUGCCCGUUGGGCGAAUGGGCUUGGCAAAAAAGGGAAGAAACAUGGAUUGGAGUUGAAAAUUGCGAUUCAAAAAGUCGACUAUGACCCCAGCCAUCUCAAAGAGGAAUUGAGCCACGACGUACAGAAGAUUGUGAAAGUGGGGAAGCGGAAGCAUUGGAUAGGGGGCAAGGAUGGUUGGGGCCUCAAAGUGGUGGUUUCGGUACAAGAAGAGGAUUUGUUCCAAUAA